GCUUUUAGAAGAAAAGGAGGAAGAGGAGGAAGGGAAGCCAGUGCGGCGACAGCAGCUCAUUUCGCUGACGGACAACACAGCAUCGCCUCAACAAAAAUCAGCCACUUCUAUUAACUCUAAACAACACUAAAAAUAUUUUCCUUUGCUUAAAUUAGCGUUUUUUCUUUAUUUUUUCUUCCUUUUCGGAGCACCAACAACUUCGACCUGCCGAGCGGUUUAAACUGAACAGCGCGGAGCAGAGCCCCUGAACUCGGGAGAAUGGCAGACUCGGCGGCCACCAACAGCGACGGGGAGGACGGACCCAAACAGCCCAUGCGGGGCUUCGCGCGCCAGGGUGCGCUCCGGCAGAAGAACGUGCACGAGGUGAAGGACCACAAAUUCAUCGCGCGCUUCUUCAAGCAGCCCACCUUCUGCAGCCACUGCACUGACUUCAUCUGGGGAUUUGGCAAGCAGGGAUUCCAGUGUCAAGUGUGUUGUUUCGUGGUUCACAAACGCUGCCAUGAGUUUGUCACUUUCUCCUGUCCAGGCGCGGACAAAGGACCUGCCUCAGAUGACCCGAGGGCAAAGCAUAAAUUUAAGAUCCACACCUACUCCAGCCCUACCUUCUGUGACCAUUGUGGCUCCCUACUCUAUGGCCUCAUACACCAGGGAAUGAGAUGUGACCACUGUAUGAUGAACAUCCACAAGCGCUGCGUGCCCAAUGUGCCGAACCUGUGUGGGACGGACCACACUGAGAGGAGAGGUCGCAUCGAGAUCAGCGCCGAGGUCAAGACUAAUGUUCUCACGGUCACCAUUAAAGAGGCAAGGAAUCUUAUUCCUAUGGACCCCAAUGGUCUGUCAGACCCCUACGUGAAGCUGAAGUUGAUCCCAGAUCCACGCAGUGAAAGCAAACAGAAGACCAAGACUAUAAAGUGUUGCCUAAACCCCGUAUGGAAUGAGACCUUCAAAUUCCACCUGAAGGAGUACGACAAGGACCGCCGUCUUUCAGUGGAGGUGUGGGACUGGGACUUGACCAGCCGCAAUGACUUCAUGGGAUCGCUGUCCUUUGGCAUCUCAGAGCUCCAGAAACAAGGGGUAGAUGGCUGGUUUAAGCUCCUUUGUCAAGAAGAAGGCGAGUAUUUCAAUGUUCCUGUGGCUCCAGAGGGAGAGGAGGGCAACGAGGAGCUACGGCAGAAAUUCGAGAGGGCUAAAAUCGCAGUAGGCAAGAACACAGAGGGAAAGUCAGCAAAUGCAGCCUCCAGGUUUGACUCCAACGGCAACCAAGAUCGCAUAAGACUGUCCGACUUUAACUUCCUGAUGGUCCUGGGCAAGGGCAGCUUUGGCAAGGUGAUGCUGGCGGAGCGUAAAGGAACAGAGGAACUUUAUGCCAUAAAGAUCCUGAAGAAGGAUGUGGUUAUUCAAGAUGACGACGUUGAGUGCACCAUGGUGGAGAAGAGAGUGUUAGCUUUGAGCGGAAAGCCUCCAUUCUUAACGCAGCUGCACUCCACCUUCCAGACUAUGGACCGUUUAUAUUUUGUCAUGGAGUACAUAAAUGGUGGAGACCUCAUGUAUCAGAUACAGCAGGUUGGCAAGUUCAAAGAGCCCCACGCUGUGUUCUACGCUGCUGAGAUAGCCAUUGGUUUAUUUUUCCUACAUCAAAAGGGCAUCAUCUACAGGGAUCUGAAGCUGGAUAAUGUAAUGUUGGACUGUGAGGGCCACAUUAAGAUCGCAGACUUUGGUAUGUGUAAAGAAAAUAUGCUUGACGGAAUCACGACCAAGACCUUCUGUGGAACACCAGACUACAUCGCUCCUGAGAUUAUUGCCUAUCAACCUUAUGGAAAAUCUGUGGACUGGUGGGCCUUUGGAGUGUUGCUUUAUGAAAUGUUGGCUGGGCAGCCCCCAUUCGACGGUGAGGAUGAGGACGAGUUGUUUCAGUCCAUAAUGGAGCAUCACGUCUCCUAUCCGAAGUCGAUGUCUAAGGAAGCUGUCGGCAUAUGUAAAGGACUGAUGACAAAGCAUCCAGCCAAACGACUGGGCUGUGGUCCAGAGGGGGAGCGGGAUAUCAGAGACCACAGCUUCUUCCGCUACAUGGACUGGGAGAAACUGGAGAACAAGGAAGUACAGCCCCCGUUCAAACCCAGAGCUUGUGGACGGGAGGCCGAGAACUUUGACCGCUUUUUCACACGCAACCCGCCAGUGCUGACCCCCCCUGACGAGGAGGUGAUUGAGAACCUGGACCAGGACGAGUUCCAGGGAUUCUCCUAUAUCAACGCUGAGUUCCCAGCAAGUGCCGCUACCGCUGCUGCUACCGAGCAGGCUUGAUUUCAGCUCCACGCUCAGAAACAUGGACUCACACACUGACAUGCUCAUGACAGACAGCUCCACAGUACACACAUAAUCAGGCUAUCAAGGGAAACAGAUAAAGCUUCGAGCACAGAUGUGUUGUUCUCAUUUUCACAUUUCUUAUGUUAACCCCAAUGUGAGGUACAAGACAUAACUGCAUGAACUGUAGCGCACUGGAACUAUAAAAGCAUAGCUAAAAUAACUACAGUGUCUUGCAAAAGUAUUAAUACUUUUUUUUACAACAAAACUUCAGAUGUAUUUCAUCCAGAUUUUAGUUGAUAGACUAACACAAAGUGGUGUGGGAGGAAAAUUAUCAUUUCAUAUCAUUUUGUAUUACUAAAAAUAUAACGUGUGGCAUGCAUUGGUCUUCAGCCCCCUUUACUCUGAUACUCCUAAAGGAAAUAAAAGAACCUACCAAGACAAUGGCCGUCCAACUAAAUAGGACAGGCAAGAACAGUAAACCAGUUGUAACUCUGGGGGAACUGCAGAGGUUUGCAGCUCAUGGAAGAGAAUCCGAUUGACAGGACAACUGUCAGUUAAUUACUAUUAGUCGGGAAAGAGGAAAACCAUUGUUGAAGGAAGUCCCCUUUAAAGUUUGCCACAAAGCAAGUUGGAGAGACAGUCAACACAUGGGAGAAGAUAUUUUGGUCAGAUAGACCAAAAUUGACUGUUUUUUUUUUUUAGAUUUGAAAGUUGAUGUACAGAGGUGCUCUCCAUUCACUCUGACUGAACUUGAGCUAUUUAUGCAUAAAUUUCAAUCCUUAGAUGUGCAAAGCUGGUAGAGGCUUACCACAAAACACUUGCAGCUAUAAAUGAAGCAAAGGGCAGCUUUAUAGAGUAUUUACGUUUCUACAAAGUAACGGGGGCUGAAUACAACUGCAUGUGACACACAGGUUUUUUUUUUUUAUCUUUGAAAACCAUCGCUCACUUCUUCACCUGCAAAAGUGCAUUUGUAUGUGUUAGUCUACUACAUAAAGUCCCAAUAAACACAAUGAUGUUUUAAGUUGUUACUUAGACUUUUGCAAGACACUGUAGAUAUAAAUGUUUCCUUCAUGCUUUUGCUAUCCAGUUACUGCUACAGCAUAGUAAAACAAAAUACAGCAUCAGUGUAUGAACUAGUAUAUUAUAAUGAUAUGCAUGAUACAGUGAAAAAUUUUGUAGAGAAAGCAUGGAAAUCUGAUUCACCCCAAACUUUUUAGAAUCAUUGUUAGCUUGUGUUUCUUGCAGUGUGAACAAAGAUUUGUGUUUAAUUAACAGUGCAUAACCAAAGAAUGGAAGAAUAUUGGCAAGCCUAAAUUGCUCAAUUUAAACUAGAAUUUUAAAAAAACUCUGGGCCAUAUUUACGUUCAUCACACGAUAGUAAUUCAACUCAAAACCAAAUGGGGAGUAAAAGCUUACUAUGUAUUACUAUAUAUCAGUAACGUUUAGCAAAUAAAGGCCUAGAGUGAAAACAAAGACCUUUGAGAUUUAAAUUUUGUUUUUGGGGGGUUGAAACUUGAACAUUUUAGCUAGAUCUGUGCAUUUUAAUGAGUAUAUACCUGUAUGAGUGUAUGUAUGUUUAUCCUUAUCUGAAUCUGGAAUGCUUCACAUACUUGCAUGGUUUCUUUGUUAAGAAUUUCUCUAGGAUUUGUUUUCUACUUGUGUUAUUGUAAGUUAUGUUACAAAGCCUCACCUUACCCAAAUAAGCCAUCAUAUGUACAGUCAGAUCGGUACCACAAAUAUCCGGUUCUUAGUGCAUGUUACUGCUUUCCAUCUAUUGGAUCAUAAUAGUGAAAUGCUGUUGGGGAACUUGUGUUAUUGGAAGGUUUGAAGUAGUUCAUUAUCUAGAUAACGCUUUUUUUUCUUCUACUUUUUCUUCUACCUUCGAUGGAAACAAGCCUUUCUGUUUACGUUACAAAUGCAUGAUUCCUAUACCUGCACAUCUGUUUGCAGAAUGUGUGUGUGCACAUGCACAUGUGGGUUCUUUCAGGUGCGUAUGGUACUUGUAUGUGACCAUUUACCUUUUUUUGGCUUGUUUUUCUUUUUUAACAUGGACACUUUCACGUGUCUGUGUUUACAUUUACUCAUCUGGGGAAUGUUAGCAUGACUGCUUCCUCCUCAUAUCAUUUUAGCUCAUUUCAAAUUAAUUAGUCAGAAACCGAGCUUAAGUCCAACUUCAGGACAGCAAUGUUGAACCAAUUUGCAGAACGGUUUUCCGUGACAAAGCGUUGUUUUAUUGUUUAAAAAGAUCAUUUCUAUGAGAUCUUGAAAAGGGAGGAAAGUCUGGAUUCAUAUUUGUAUUUUCCAGCUGUAGACAAAAUCAAGUUUGAAAAAGAUCGAAAAUAUUGAAAAGCAGGUUUUUUUAAGCGAUAGAAAAGUUAAGUUCGGAAAACUAGAUGCAAAGGUGUAAAAAAACCCACAAUUUUAUUCUUUUAAUAUAUAUAUAAAGUUUAUUUAUUAUAUAUAAAAGAUAAAAGAUGGUAAUUUGAAUCAAGCUAUGGCAAAGACACGUACUCAAAAACAAAUGCAUGCUUAUCUAUCCCCGUGCUGUGACAGUAAAGCAAACAUUAAAUUGAAAAUUAACAUGCAAAGAAAGCACAUUUUGUGCAUACCCACAGCUAGUGGCUAUUUUAGCACUGUUUCUAGAUCUUUCUUAGACAUUGUUUUGAUAUUUUCUCUCAGUCUUUCAAUAGGCAUGUAACUAUGCAUCCAACUCAUGAGAUACAAAAUACAAAAUAUUGGGUUCACAGGAAAGAUAUUUCAACUCUAUUUUUGGUAAAAGAAAUAAUCCUAAUUUUUCGUUUCAGAAACAGAGUUAAAGUCUCUAAAUUCAUAAACUUUUAAAGAAUCUGUAAUCAGUCCUAAAUAAUCCAGCCCAGGUUUGAUUUCUCCAUGUAUUGUGGGUUUUGUCCUUCUUCAAUUCUACAGUGGUCCUAAUUAAAAUGCUCCCUUGUUGUCUUUUCACAAAUCUCAGCCUAUAUUUAAGAGAUUCUCUGGUCAGAGUAGUUUUUACCAGUUCAGCUUUGAACAAGCUAAUUAUUUUAGAUUUUGAAUUGGAGACAAUCAAAUGCCGUUCUGACCCAUAAAAAACUCAAUUUACCUUUUAGUUCAGGAAGUUCUAAAGUGGACGCUAACGUUUGCAUUGUUAGCGGCUAACCGCUACUCAGUUGUGUUCAUUUCCCAGUGCUUACGAAUUGCUCUUUUAUUGUCUGUCAUUCUUCACAAUCAGUAUUGUCAAAGCCAAUGAAAGAAAACAAAGCCAUUUUCUCACUGUUCUCUUUUAAUCUGAUCGAGAAUCAAUUUUUACACAUUUGUAUUCAGUCGUUUCCCUUUUCUAUUUAGAUCUUAUACAUAAAGAGGUAGGUUUGAUGGUCAACAAAUAAAAUGCUUAGGUUGGAGGAUUUAACAUGGUUCAGGAUCCUGUACAGCCCCAAAUACAUCACACUGCAAAAAACAGAGGAAAACGUCAGGCUUUUACUACCAUUUUUAUAGUACCUGAACAAAGAAACAAAUAUCCAAGAACUACUUUUUUUUAGCUGUACUGCCCUCUGUGUCAAACUGUCUUUUUGCAGCUCCUCUUCACAGAUGGCAACAGUGACAAUUAAUAAGGUGAAAUGUACAUUAUUUGAAGGUGUUUUAUUUAUUUACAACUUAAUCUUACACCCACAAUAUUUUGAUGAGUUAAAAUUAGUUGGUUGCUACAAGGAUACGAUUUCAUCUGGAUUAUACUAUUAUGUAAACCGCAUUUGAUGGACUUAAUACAAAAUUAAAUAAAAUCACUAACCCAAUGAUUUAUUGAAUGAGAAUUUGUCCAAUCAAACAUAAUUACCAUAACAGGCCCAAUAUUCACUGUUUUCUACUUUACUUCCAACCACAUGUUUGAAAGAGGCAAAAAGUGAAGUAGAAGGUAUCAUAAGAAGUUGUCCAGUGUGUCACUGUACACGCUAAUUUAGCUUUUUUGCAUUCAUAUUAUGUCAGACUUUACUUUAGUCUUCUGCAGAUCAAAUACAGUUUUUGAAUGAAAUUCAGUGUGCAUGCAAGUUUGCAAAUGAAUACAAUAGAUCAAGGGUGUCAAACUCCAGUUCUCGAGGGCCAGUGUCCUGUAACUUUUAAACGUGUCUGUUCUUCAAUGCAUUUUAUCAAAUAAUUAGAUCAUUAGCAGGAGGCUGUAGAAUUUGAUCUUAUGCUGAUUCAGAAGUGUUGAACCAGCGACAUAUGUAAAAGUUGCUGGAUGCCGGCCCUUGAGGACUGGAGUUUGACGCUUAUGCAAAAGAUCCACCUCUGUACGGGUCCCUCAGUUGGUCCAUGCAGCUAAUUUAUGAAUACUGUAAAGCAUGACACAUGAUUGUCUCCACCAACCAGGAAAACACCAUGUAUUUUUUUGUAGCUGUUGUUUUAAUGUCUUUUGGUCUUGCAAACCGAAUUUGUGAAAAAAUUUAACAAGUGAAGAAUUUGAUAUUAAAGGUACUAUGAAGUCAAAAGCUUCAAAUAUCAAGAGCUGUGGAACAGUGGAAAGGUUUGGUUUUACAUCUUUUCAAAUGUUAAAUAUAGUUAUGACUCUGAGAAUAAAUUAAUCUACUGUAUUUGUAUGACCUCGGUCUAAAUCUGUUCAUUACCUGUGCUUUAGCUACAUUGUCAGAUUUUUCAUUUCCUGCUGAAUUUCAACACAAAAAUAUAAACAAUGUUAUGCAAAAAUAUGUUACUGUGUCAAAUAUUUUUAUAUGCAUAUAACUCUACGUGUUGUCAGUAUUGUAAAUGGGGAGUUCUUACUUGAAGGAUGGUGUUUUUUCUACCCAUCCUUUUGUUGAAAAAAAGAACAGAUAAAACAAACUUUGCAUGGAAAAAAAAACUUAACAGUUAGGAUUACUCACUUUUUAAAUAUUAUGAUGAUCCAUGUUUUCUGUAAUACCGGUACUCCAAAGCUUUUAAAGGUAUUAUGUGUUUUGUGUGUGAAGAUUCAAAUAAUGCAGAAAAAUGCUUUUUACAAUGCUUUCCAUGUGCCAAAUUUCCUUUUUUUCCAUUUUUUUUAUUCUUUUUGGGGUAUUGCUAGAAUAGCAGACAUUCCUUAAAUAAACAAUUCGAAAGUUG